AUGAUAUUGCAAGGGUUAGCGACUUGGAAUCCAUCAUUUACAUCUGCAAUACAGACUGAGCUGGAAACAAGAGAUGAGGAAUUUACAUUGUUCAACUUUUCCAAUGUGGAUUCUAAUAAUUAUCCAUCUACUAGAAAUGUGGUACUAAGAGGAUUUCUCUUUGAUGAGCCAAAGACGAAUGUCCUGAUUUUCACCACAGAUAAGAGGUCAAGCAAGUACAAAGACCUACUAAUAAAUCCAAGAUUUGAUGCUUGCUUUUAUUUUAGCAAGAUGAGAAAACAAUUUAGAUUCAAGGGCACUGUUAGAAUGAUAAGUGAUGAGAUUAUUCCAAACAUACGUUACGAUUUGAACUACAGUGAUUCUUAUGCAGGAUUCAAUGAUCACGGUGUCACCAAUAGAGGAUUAGAUGAUGAGGUUUUAACUGGAGGUAUCCAACAGUUGUCCAUUUCACCAGACACCUCUUCCAUUGCAGAUGAGGAACAAUCACUAGUGAGUCAGUACUUAUCUCAGCAGAACCUUAAGGAAACGCCGUGUCCAAUAUCUGAACCCUUGCAUUAUAGAUUAUUUUCUCCUAAAUUUGUCAAGUCUUUUGAAGACUCCUCUGCAUCGUUAACUGAACUAGCACAUAGCCAUGAAAUGGGGAAAUCUGAUGACAUUUCGGUGACCCCGACAGCAGAAGAAUGGAACAACGAAAGGUUAAGGGUAUGGAAUGCAAUGUCGAGAAAUAUGAAGAAAACGUUCAAGAAGCCAUUACCAGGCUCCCCAUUAACCGAAGAAAACAGGAGAAAGUUAGAUGCAAUCAAUAGAGGGGUCGAUGGUAAUAACUCUUCUACAGGAUAUGAAAACUUUGUGGUUGUUUGUUUGUUUGUGGAACUAGUAGAUGAGGUUGUUAUUGGUGGUAGUGGUUACGACAGAAGAUACCUUUAUAGAAAGACAAAUCAGGACACAUGGAAGGAAUAUGAAGUUUGUCCAUAG